GCCGGGCGGGCUCCUGGCGGGAGGCGGCGGGGCUGGUGUGCGCGCGGAACAUGGCGGGCGUCGGCGACGCGGUGCCGGCAGCGGGCGGCCGUGGAGGCGCGGACGGCCCCGAGAGGGACGGCGGCGGGACGGCGGAGCAGCCGGGCGGCGGGCAUGGGCCCCCGCCGGCGCCGCAGCGCACGGAGACGCUGGGCUUCUACGAAAGCGACCGGCGGCGGGAGCGGCGCCGCGGCCGCGCAGAGCUUUCAUUGUUGAGGUUCCUCAGUGCUGAACUAACAAGAGGGUACUUCCUUGAACAUAAUGAGGCCAAGUACACAGAAAGAAGAGAAAGAGUGUACACUUGUAUGCGAAUACCAAGAGAAUUGGAAAAGCUCAUGUUUUUUGGGAUCUUCCUGUGCCUGGAUGCGUUUCUGUAUGUGUUCACCCUGCUUCCGUUAAGAGUGUUCCUGGCACUGUUCAGGCUCUUCACUCUGCCUUGCUAUGGCUUAAGGGACAGGCGUUUGCUGCAGCCAGCCCAGGUGUGUGACAUUUUGAAGGGUGUCAUUCUGGUCAUCUGCUUCUUUAUGAUGCACUAUGUCGACUACUCCAUGAUGUACCACCUGAUCAGGGGGCAGUCGGUCAUCAAGCUCUACAUCAUCUACAACAUGCUCGAGGUAGCAGAUCGUCUGUUUUCAUCGUUUGGUCAAGAUAUAUUAGAUGCUCUCUAUUGGACAGCAACAGAGCCCAAAGAAAGAAAAAGAGCUCACAUUGGGGUGAUUCCUCACUUUUUCAUGGCUGUUCUCUACGUCUUUUUGCAUGCAAUUCUUAUAAUGGUUCAAGCAACGACUCUCAACGUAGCGUUUAAUUCACACAACAAGUCCUUGCUCACUAUCAUGAUGUCUAAUAAUUUUGUUGAAAUUAAAGGAAGUGUUUUCAAGAAGUUUGAGAAGAACAAUCUUUUUCAAAUGUCAAAUAGCGAUAUUAAAGAGCGAUUCACAAAUUAUGUGCUCUUGCUAAUAGUGUGUCUAAGGAACAUGGAACAGUUUUCUUGGAAUCCAGAUCAUCUCUGGGUGUUAUUUCCAGAUGUCUGUAUGGUGAUUGCAUCAGAAAUUGCUGUGGAUAUUGUAAAACAUGCCUUUAUCACUAAGUUCAACGACAUUACUGCAGAUGUCUACAGUGAAUAUAGAGCCAGCCUUGCUUUUGACCUUGUUAGUAGUCGACAGAAAAAUGCGUACACUGAUUACAGCGACUCCGUGGCGCGGAGGAUGGGGUUCAUUCCUCUCCCGCUAGCUGUUUUACUCAUCAGAGUUGUAACAAGCUCAAUUAAAGUUCAAGGAAUCCUGUCUUAUGCCUGUGUCAUACUCUUCUAUUUUGGGUUGAUAUCCCUGAAAGUACUGAAUAGCAUUGUGCUGCUGGGAAAAUCAUGCCAAUAUGUGAAGGAAGCCAAAAUGGAAGAGAAGCUGUUUGACCCUCCCCCCGCCAGCACUCCCGGCAAACCGUCCAGUAAACCACAGAGCAAGUGCAAACCCUCUCAAGAAGAAACCCUGUCUGCCUCUGUCACCAGCCAGCCUAGCCAUCAGAAGGAAAAUGUCAUACCAUUACUUGUGACAAGCAAUUCCGACCAGUUCCUGACAACUCCAGACGGUGAAGAGAAGGACAUAACGCAGGAAAACUCUGAACUAAAGCACAGGUCCGCAAAGAAAGAUCUGUUGGACAUAGACAGGUUCACAAUUUGCGGAAACCGAAUUGACUGAAUUCUGCGGCUCCCUGUGCCCAGCGCCGAGGCCUGGGGCAGCCACGGUGCCGCCGGGGCGGACAGAUGCAAAACGUGGCACUUAUAUAUUUAUUUAAAACUUAAAUUAUUAACAGAAAGCAAAUCUGAGUAGCUUUCUUCCAGUAAUGUGGCCUGGUUGAAGGUCAGGUCACGGAACAGCAGUGACCUCCAGCCUGGAUGGCGUGGGGAGCCCCUCUCCCCCAGAGAAGCAGCAGUCACUCCGGCCUGAUGGGAACAACCUCGAAUCACUUCAGCUCGGUCCGUCUGUGCUUCCGGAACGUCAGCUCUGGCCUCUAGAUCCCUGCAGUGUAAGGGAUCUACCUGGGAAGCGGAAGCUUUCCCCGCGACGUUACCUGCCCUGCCCCAUACUAGUUCCACAGACAGUUUCAAACUGCUUCAUCUGCCAAAGCAUUUAAAAAAGUAAUUACACUUAAGUCGAGAUAAACGUUCUCACCACAGAAUAAUCCUGGAAGAUGUAUCUGAAUUAAUCAGAAUAAAAGGCUACCUUAAAUAAGACAUGAUGAAGAGUAGCCAGUUUGUCUAUUUAAAAAAUAUUAACUAAUGAAGGUUAUGCAUCACUGAGACUAUGUUUUAUAAUUUUUCAGUUUACUCUUUAAAGCAAAAUGUGAGCCGUGUAUUGUUUAAUUGCAGUGGGUGAAAUAGAAAUUACAUUACAAAGAUGUACUUUUUAUACUGAAAAAAAGCAGAGCAGGGGUAACUUUAAUGUAUAGAUAACUGGUUUCACUUUAAAACUAAUUGCUCAUCAAUUGUUACAGAUAAAAGGAUUUGGUGUUGAAUCGGCUAAAGAACUGUACAAAAUUCAAAGGUGUCAACCCGUAACUGAGAUUUUUAAGUAACAGUUUUAAAGGAAAUAAGUGGAUUGAGCAGCCGUCCUGCUCAGGCUUAUAAGUGCAUUAGCCUUUCUGUCUGUAGUGCCUGUGCCUGUGCCUGGGGCCGGGCUGUGUCCUGUGGGGGCGCCUGGGGGGCGGCACUGCCCGGGGUGCCUGCGCUGGGGGGGGAAGCCAGUGGGGUGUGGGUGGCCGACUGGGUGUGGGGACGAGUUUGUGUGUAGAUGUUAGGAACAGCAACCAAAAGGUGCUUUUGGGUUGAGGUCAAGAGUCCAUUUCUGCUUGCUUAUUAGUUUGUGGCCUGCCUCAUAGGACAAGCUGUUUCCCACCACAUUUUACCUUGAGAAACCUUCCUGCAUCUUUAGAAGAAUUCUGCAACCUCUCAUUUCAGUGUCCAAAUGUCACUGUUCUUUCCUUUGACCUUUUCAUUCUGAAGUUCGGCUCCUGUGCUGCUAUCUCAGGCACAGGAUGUGCAGAGGUAAAUUUUAGGGGGUUUGUCUGCUUCCUGGGUGAAACGUAAAGCUAGCUUGAAUGCUUUGGCUUUUCACUUGACAUACAAGUGAAUUUUAAUGUUUUGCAUUAAGUGAAGAAAUCUGAAGGUUAAUGUUCACAUGGGAUAAAAGGAAACUGUACAGAAAUGCUUUUGUGAGACUGCAAAGUACUUCAUGUUAAAAAUGAAAAGACUUUUAAGUUGCUUUCUGUGUGUUUCAAUGAAGCACCAUUUUAAAAUUACGUUUUAUUCUCCUCUUCUCCACCAAAAAGAACAGUGUCCACAAUGAAUAGGAAUAGUUUUGGGGAAAACUUUGCCAAACAGAGCCCUAAUCAGAGCAAGAAUAUGACAGGGGUGUAUCUUUCACUUUAGCUCGAAUUUUUCUGUUACUGUGCUGUCAAUUCCGCAAGAUUUUAAUUUCCUCUGCAGGAUAUAUCGGGAGUUUGGAAUGAUGUUCAUUUCUUCUGUCAAAAUGGCAUUCAGUACUAAUUUUAUAAGUGCAUCUUGUGUGAAACUCAAUAAAUUCAAUUUUGUAAUCUUU